AUGACACGAUCGUACUUAUCCCGCUUCUCUCACGUACUUAGGGUUUCCAUUGAUAUCAUUUGUCACACAAAGAGAUCAAUUCUGUACCUCACUUCCGAAUACAGUCAAAUCGUCUUGUGGCAUGCGCCUGUAGUGAUUACGCUCGGUCAUAUGUCGAGCUACUGUCGUGAACACGUUGAUUCUCUCCUGUGCCGUUUCCUCCGGCGGAAUAUGCUCUCUAUGGCGAUCCUGUCUUCUAUGUUUUCAGAAACUGCAAAAAGGCUUAGGCGUGUUGGACUCGCAGAUUCAACAGAAAUCCUUUGGGGACCCUCGCCUUCAUUUGUUGGUUGCAAUACUGCGAAUCACAUCUUUAAGGACAAAGAAUGGUGCACUUUCCACUCUCAUCUGCUGGAUGGUGUAACCUACACAGCUUCUUCUGCACCUAACACCUCUGGUUGGAAGCGCAUUAAUGCUUCUGGUGCAUUUAUGUUUGAUUAG